UUCAUUCAAUACAUGUCACAUGCAUUAUAAACCAUUACAAGAAGCAAUUUCUAUGUCUUUAUAAUUUUUCAAACAACCAAACAAACACAAUGUCUAACACCGGCUUCGCCGCGGAGGAGCUUGGAAAUACAGCCGUAAGAUCCUCCUCUGGUGGAUGGAGAUCUGCUAGGCUCAUCAUCUGUGUAGAGAUGGCUGAGCGAUUCGCAUACUAUGGUAUAUCGACUAACCUGAUAACGUACUUGACGGGACCAUUAGGAGAGUCAACAGCUUCAGCUGCGGCUAAUGUUAACGCUUGGAGUGGAACGGUCUCCUUUCUGCCGCUUCUCUGGGCGUUUGUAGCUGACGCGUUUCUCGGUCGUUUCCGUACUAUCAUCAUCUCAUCUUCUCUAUAUGUCAUGGGACUUGGGUUGCUGACGUUUUCAACCAUGAUUCAUUCCCAAGAGCUCCAAGUGACUCUCUUCUUCUGCUCACUUUAUCUUGUAGCCGUAGGACAAGGCGGUUACAAACCGUGUAUUAAGGUCUUUGGAGCUGAUCAAUUCGAUGGUAAUGAUAUAAAAGAGGCGAAAGCCAAGAGUUCUUUCUUCGACUGGUUAAUGUUUGGAAACUGUAUUACCAUACUGACAUCUCAGUUGGUCUCUAGUUACAUCCAAGAGAACCUAAGUUGGUCACUAGGGUUUGGUAUUCCAAGUGCUUCCAUGCUACUUGCUCUAUUUCUGUUCCUCCUUGGUACUUCCUCUUACCGUGUUAUUACUGAAAGAGGAGGGAAGAAAAACCCUUUUGCUAGAAUCAGUCGCGUUUUCGUGGAGGCACUGAAGAACAGAAAGCAAACUGAAGUAGAUAACCUGAAAGAGAACCUCCUUAUCCUAGCUCACCAAGAUUCCAAAGAAUACAGAUUCCUUGACAGAGCAGCGGUUUCAUGUGAUUUAGACGAGAUUGAAGAAGCAAAAGCGAUGCUUAGGCUUGUUCCCAUAUGGAUGACUUGCUUAGUCUUUGCCAUUGUAUAUGCACAAUCCUAUACUUUCUUCACAAAGCAAGGAGCCACAAUGAACAGGUCAAUCUCACCAGAACUCUUAGUCCCCGCAGCUUCACUCCAUGGUGUCACAAGCCUAACAAUUAUCGUGUUCAUCCCACUCUAUGACCAUCUGCGCGUUCCCAUGGGUAGAUUAUUCACUCAUAACUCCUCAGGAAUCACAAUGCUUCAAAGGAUUGGCACAGGGAUUUUUCUGUCCAUUCUUGCUAUGGUAGUAGCCGCCUUGGUCGAGAUCAAAAGGCUCCAAACCGCUCGAGAUGAUGUCACCAUACCCAUGAGCGUGUGGUGGUUGGUUCCACAGUACGUUUUCAUUGGACUCUCGGACGUGUUCACAAGGAUUGGUUUGCAAGAGCUCUUCUAUGACCAAGUUCCUUGCGAGCUUAGGAGCCUUGGCAUGGCCUUGAACCUAAGCAUUUACGGUGUCGGCAACUUUCUAAGCAGCAUUAUGAUAUCAGUCAUUGAUAAGGUCACGAGCCAUUCUGAUCAAAGUAGCUGGUUCGAUAAUGACUUGAACCAGGGUCACCUAGAUUACUUUUACUGGCUACUCGCUUGUCUCAGCUCAAUUGCUUUAGCCUUCUACUUGUGGUUCGCCAAGUCGUAUGUCUACAACAGACUUAACACCUUCCAAAGCAUUGUCCUCUGAUCUGCCUAAUGUAUUGAGCUUUCUCCAUUUACUGAGAUGUACCUUAGAACCAACCACAUCAUGAUUACGUACUAGCCUGUUAUGAAUUGAUUAUUAUGAGGAAUUUUGUAAAAGUACACUAAACUA